AUGACUUCCAACAUUACCCAGGCUGUUACAAAAGUCAUCAUAGACACCGAUGUUGGUGGCGAUGACAUGGUGGGAUUGCUGAUGGCAAUGGCCGCGGCCCCAGCAGUAAUGCAAGUGGUGGCUAUCACGACUGUGUUCGGCAAUGUCAACGUGGAAAAGUCUCUACGAAACGUGAUCGCCAUGUUUUACAUCCUCUGGCAGGAGAUGGGUUGGCGCAAGAGCAAAGGCAAAGACUUCGGGUAUGGAGUCUUUGAAAACUCUCGUCCGAUGGUUACUCUUGGAUCGGGCCAUGCACUUGGAGAACCAGUUGUGCUUGUGACAAAUGGACGACCAUACGGACAAGACGGCGUGUGGAACUUUCAUGCAAAGUACCCCGAAUUCACACCAGACAACUCCUGGAAAUCCCUAUUCGACAGCAGUGUACCUCCUCCCAAGACUUGCCCCGAGUACUACCAGUACUUCAACACCUCCAAAACUCCAUCACACCUUGAUAUCCUCCGCAUCCUACGGGAAGAACCCGCCAACACCAUAACUUUAAUCGCCCUCGGUCCCCUCACCAACAUGGCUCUAGCUGCGGCUGAAGACCCCGAGACCUUCCUCCGCGCUAAAGAGCUUCUCAUCAUGGGUGGUGCCGUGGCUGUUCCUGGCAACAUAUCACCUGUCUCGGAAGCCAACUCCUACAACGAUGCCGCAGCAGCAGCGCGAACUUAUGCCCUGAGUAGUGCUGAUCUGGCUUCCACAUUCCCGACAACAGACUUUGCCAAGAUCCCGGUUCCUGCAUACCCAGAACGACUCUCAAAGCAAUUAAACGUGACUAUCUUUCCCAUGGAUCUGACAAACCAGCACUGCAUCACCUACGAAAGCUUCAUCGACACAGUCAAACCCUUGGCUGAUUCUGGCAGUCCGCUUUCCAAAUUAGCCUACAACUUCAUGCAAGGCAUCCACAACGAUUGCGGUAGCGAUUGCAUCACGUUGAAAGACACCGGCGAAGAAUGCAUCAGACUGCAUGAUCCCGUACCGAUCUGGUACGCCCUCGGUAGGAAAUCCUGGAACAUAUCCUCGCCUAAAGAUCUCCGCGUCGAGAGUGUAGGGCAGUGGACUAAGGGAAUGCACGUUGAGUAUGAAAUCAAUACGACAGAGGCGGCAAACGAUCCUUUGGAACCAGGUACUCGCCAAGGGAACCGCGUUCGUCAGGCGAUGGAAAGCCCGGGGCGCAAGGGAUUUCAGGAUAUAAUCAUGUCACUGUUUACGGAGUGA